AUGGGGGCGUACAAAUAUUUAGAGGAGCUCUGGAAGAAGAAACAAGCAGAUGUGCUGCGCUUUUUAUUGCGCGUGCGCACCUGGGAAUAUCGUCAGCUGCCGGCCGUUCAUAGAUGCAGCCGCUCUUCAAGACCUGAUAAGGCUCGUCGUUUAGGAUACAAGAAGAAGCAGGGUUUUGUAAUAUAUAGAGUAAGAGUGCGUAGAGGCGACAGAAAGAGAAGAGUAGCGAAGGGUAUAGUGUAUGGGAAGCCGACGAACCAGGGUGUUGAUAAGCAGAAGUCUGUGAUGAAUUUGCGUCAAAUAGCUGAGGCUCGUGUAGGUAGAAGUGUAUGCAGCAGCUUAAGAGUAUUGAAUAGCUACUGGGUGGGUCAAGACGCUGUAUAUAAAUAUUAUGAAGUAAUACUUAUAGACCCUCAGCAUAAUGCUAUUCGGAACGAUCCUAGAUAUCAGUGGAUUGUUAAACCUCAAAUGAAGCACAGAGAACUCAGAGGUUUAACUGCUGCCGGCAGAAAGAGUAGAGGUUUAAAUAAACGAGGCAGCUUCAACACAAAGAUGAUGCCGAGCAGAAGAGCUAACUGGAAGCGAAGACAAAUGCUGCAACUCAGAAGAUAUAGAUAA